AUGUCGUCUGCCCCCGCCGCGGAGAAGCCGCCGAGCGCGGCGGAGAUCAAGCAGGAGAACGCGAUGGAAAUGGGCGCCGAGGCGCCGCGGGAAGGGCCGGCCGCGCAGCCGCCCGCGGGCCCCUUCCCCAUGGAGGCCGCCGAGGAGGGGGCKGCCGAGCAGGUCCUGCUGCAGAGCGAGCUGCUCGCCAGGAACCACCACGUUGCCGCCGCUGCCUCCUCUCCCUCCUCCUCCUCGUCCUCGUCGUCGUCCUCGCAGCCGCCGCUCGCCUUCUCCCCCGAGCACGUCGCGUGCGUGUGCGAGGCGCUGCAGCAGGGGGGCAACCUGGACCGCCUGGCCCGCUUCCUCUGGUCGCUGCCCCCGAGCGACCUGCUACGUGGCAACGAGAGCCUCAUGAAGGCGCGGGCGCUCGUCGCCUUCCACCAGGGCAUCUACGCGGAGCUCUACAGCAUCCUGGAGAGCCACAACUUCGAGGCGGCGAACCACGCGCUGCUGCAGGAGCUGUGGUACAAGGCGCGCUACAGCGAGGCGGAGCGCGCCCGCGGCAGACCCCUGGGCGCCGUGGACAAGUACCGGCUGCGCAGGAAGUACCCGCUGCCGCGCACCAUCUGGGACGGCGAGGAGACCGUCUACUGCUUCAAGGAGAAGUCGCGCAACGCGCUCAAGGAGCUCUACAAGCAGAACCGCUACCCCUCGCCCGCCGAGAAGCGCAACCUCGCCAAGAUCACCGGGCUCUCCCUCACGCAGGUCAGCAACUGGUUCAAGAACCGGCGGCAGCGCGACCGCAACCCGUCCGAGACGCAGUCCAAGAGCGAGUCGGACGGCAACCCCAGCACGGAAGAUGAAUCCAGUAAGGGGCAGGAGGACCUGUCCCCGCACCCGCUCUCCAGCUCGUCCGAUGGAGUUACCAGCCUCAGCCUUCCCGGCCACAUGGAGCCCGUGUACAUGCAGCAGCUUGGAAACACUAAAAUAGCCUUGAGCUCAUCUGGCGUCCUGUUGAAUGGAAACCUCGUGCCUGCCAGUACCUCUCCCGUGUUCCUCAACGGUAGCUCUUUCCUCCAGGGACCCAACGGUGUCAUCCUCAACGGACUCAGCGUGGGGGCUUCGCAAACGGUAACUCUGAAUUCGCCCAAAACCACUGUCAGCAGCGUGAGCAACGGGGUGUCGAUCACUGACAUAUUGUCGUCGUCUUCGGAAGAUGUCAAGGACUUCAAACUCCUCCAGGCCUCGGUGCCUAACGCGACAGCAGCUACGUUCAGCCCCACGAACAUCCCGGUGUCGUUCCCAGGAUUGAUACCCAGCGCUGAGGUGAAAAGGGAGAGCACUCAAACUGUUGCUUCCCAAGAUGGAGGCUCUGUAGUUACUUUUACUGCUCCUGUCCAAAUAAACCAGUAUGGCAUUGUCCAGAUCCCCAAUUCAGGAACAAAUGGCCAGCUGCUGAACGGAAGCAUUGGUUUUUCUUCUCUGCAGCUGCCUCCUGUUUCUGUGGCAGCUUCACAAGGUAACGUUUCAGUAAAUCCUAGUACAACAGACGGAGGAACUUUUACAAGUGAUUCCUCAACAGUGCAACAAGGCAAGGUUUUCUUCAGCCCUCUCACACCAAGUGCAGUGGUUUAUACAGUUCCCAAUUCAGGUCAGGCAGUAGGAACUGUUAAGCAAGAAGGACUGGAGAGAAGCCUUGUGUUUUCCCAGUUAAUGCCAGUCAGUCAGAACACGCAACUAAAUGUCAACAUGUCUUCUGAGAACAUAUCUGGUGGAGGACUCCAGUCCCUGGCCUCCUCGCUGGUGAAUGUAACUCCCUCGCAUAAUUUUUCCCUCACGCCACCAACUCUUUUAAAUGCUGCAGAACUGAACUCUGGUAUCUCGGAGAGCCAGCCCAUGUCCUCACCCGUAACCAGUACCUCUGCUGUGAUAUCUAUCAGCAACACUAACUAUGCAACUCUUCAAAACUGUUCCCUCAUCACCAGUCAGGAUCUGCUGUCCAUUUCUACAGCACAACCUGCGCUCGGCGAAAUAGUUUCUACUGCUGGAGACCGUGUCAGCCAUCCACCCACACAAGUGCACCCAGAUUUUGUCAGAGAGCACAGGUUAGUUCUACAGGCCGUACCUGACGUCAAGGAGAAUUUCUUACCUACUUCUGAGAGCAAGUCCACAGGCAACCUGCUGAUGCUGGAUACGAAAUCCAAAUAUGUUAUGAGUAACAUGGUCGACACCGUCUGCGAAGAACUAGAAACGGAUAAAAAGGAACUUGCCAAAUUGCAGACAGUUCAAAUGGAUGAAGAUAUGCAAGACUUGUAAUUUUUUUUUCUUGC